AUGAAGUUGAAGAACUCCAAACAGACCAUGAAACACGGCGAUUUAUUGAACGAUUUUUCAAGUCCGUUAAACUGCGAAACAUCUUUAUUCUCAAAGACCACACACUUCACAGGUAUUAGUUUUUCAAACUUUUCCUUGCAUUGAAAGUCAGGCUACAACUAGAAUUUCGAAGUAAAAGUCUUUGUGCAACGGUGGCACAUUUUGCUGCUGAAUUUUUCAGAUUUUUUUUUCCUGCGACUGCACAGUCGAACCGGAAGUCCGCGAUUUGCGGACUCCAAAUUGCAACCAGCCAGAGUUCUCGAUCCGUGACGCAGACCAAAAGGAUCGAAGCUCUAGAAUGGGCAAUUUCACGAAGUGGGACCGGGAUUACUUCGAGAUAUCUCGAGAUCACUUAGAGUUCUUCCGGCUACAAUAUAUAUUUUAAAUUAUUCGAGGAAUAAAUAAUUAUCUAUUUUGGCUUGCGACUCACCCGCGACCCGUCAGAUCAGACGCUAAGUUGACGGAUUAACCGAUUGCUCCACCUCAAAGCACAUGGAAGUACGUGACCUACGGCCUCGUGCUUUCAUCUGUUUCUCGGUGUUUGGAACCCGCGAUGAAGCACUCGCCCUCGUUCCUGACGUACUUCUUAACUACUGCGUUCAUCGCCAAUCAUUUGUGUCGUUUUUACCAAACAUACACAUGCAAAGGUCUUUCGAUACAACUAAACGUGUGUACCCAAUGUCUUUUUUUAACAACUCACCGCAUAUAUUACUCUACAUUUUUUGUCGGUUUUAUGAUCACCUUAUCACUUGCUAUUGCUAACGAAAUCAUGUACACAGUAAAGUGUUAUGUGAAAAACAGUAUUUCAGUGCACAAAACUUUUUUGACUCUUCUUCUUAUGCGUAUUUUUCUUCUUUGAUUUUAGUACCGACAUCUAUAGAUGAAUUCGCAAGUUCGUCAGUCCUGACUAGUACUGGUGAAGAGGCAAAUGGAUUAAGGCUGAUCAGACUGCUAAUCGAUGGAGGAACAGUGGCUCUGAGAAGGGUUUUCAAUCGUUAUCACCCUGCGGGAGAAUUUGAGGCUUAUCUCGAUUGCAAUCGCUCUACUCUUUUGAGACAAUGGAAGCGAAGUAGAGCUCUUAGUUCUGCUCAGUUGAAAAAACUAUUUCCACCUGAUGGAUCCACACCGGACUCCAAGACAUUUGACAUCAGCCUUUUAUUUUUUCUCGUGAGAACCACCUGUAGUCUCCAUCCUCCUUCAAAUGGAUGGGAUACAAUGCCAAACCCUGAUGACUUCAGUUUGGAAGCUAACAUUGUUCGCCUGAAAUGUUUGCGUAAUGAGUUGUUACAUAUGGACUCUACUUGUGUUUCUGAUCGUCACUUCCUUACCCAGUGCAUGGAAAUGAGUGCUGUUCUGAUAGCUCUUGGGUUGAAACAAGCUGAAAUAGAUCGCCUUAAGGAAGAGCCUUGGGGUGGAGACGUACGUUAUCGUGAAGCGUUCUUAGAGUUGCGUGAAAGUAACAUGGAAGUACAGACUGAAUUAGAAAAAUUGGGUAAGAGGGUAGACAAUUUGCAAGACACAGUGCAAAGUCUAAACCAGAGACCAUCCACAAUGCAAGGUAAGUAAAUGUGACAGAUUUACAGUUGUUAAAACGCCAGUUGAACUGCCUCUCUCUGACAUGGCUUUAAGCUUUUACCAAGUCGUUCGCGUCGCUGGUCAGUCGCGUAGUUGGUUUGUUUACGCCUCAAGAGAAACCUCUGCAGCGACUGAAAGAAACAUAAUGCCGUUGAAAAUACUUUUGAAAUGAUUACUCGUCCUAUUUCCGGACAAGUAUUUUAAGACAACGAAACAUCGAUAUUUUAAUCGCUUUAUCCAAACUGUUUCUCGCUGUUUUGACAAUAUUCUCACGACAAAAGAUUGUCUGAAGAAUAUUGUAGGUGGAGGGCAACCUCUUUUUAAUUAGGAGCUCUUACAGUAAAGUAUUUUCAACAUAACACAACGCCGCGGACUGAUAAGGAGUUAAAGACUUCAAACAAUUUAGUGCCUUGAGAGCCUUCUAAACCGCUUCGUUGAAACGCUCGUUGGAGAAAGUCUCACGCGGGCUCCCUUUGCACAGAAAUCAGUCAAAAAGGAAUGGGUCUAAGUUGUUCAACUGGCCAACGUACCAUUCUUGUAGGUGCCUAAAGUGCAUGUACAACGGAAACCACAGAGGGGACUCGCCGUAGAGGUUUCUCUCGGGAGGGGAGGGGGGUGGGGUGGUAAACAAACCAACUACACGAAUGACAAGCGACGCAAACGACCUCUGCUUGCAGGGUAAACGGCCACUUUAUAUCAAGUUAAAAUUUAUUUCAAUUUUCAGUGAUUCAAUCAAGGUGAAUUGUGUGAGGGCUUUGCAAACGUCACUAUCCGUUACACAGUAAUAUGUAAACCACUAUAUGCAAAAAGCGAAAGCACUUAUUUGUAGAAAUGCUUCUUCAGGGGUUACAGUUGAUGCUCAAGGCAAUGGCAGAGAUGACGGUAACAAUAACAGUGAUGGAAUAAGUCAAGGUGGAGCAAUGGCAGGAAGUGUAACAACCGCUUCCGUAGAGGGACAAGAUUCGCAAAAAACACAGAUUGAAAGGAGAAAAUGGGAUACACCACCUGACAGUCCUGCUAGUAAGUCAGUUAUUUGUAAACCGAUAAUAUCCGGAGUGGCAUUUCGAUGGCAUUCGUUAAGUUUGGUACAAGCAGUUAAAGUUAACUUGUUUACGCAACAUAUUUGAAAUUUAACGUUACUUUAACGUGAAACAUUGUCAAGUCAGUUUUAUUCAAUUUUUAACAAACCCUUUGACGACUUGUUAUGCCAAAAGUAAGCCCAUCCCACCACCCAUGCAUAAACCAAGACGCCAUGUUGGCGUUGACCAGGCUGCCUUAUACUUAAGGAUGGUUAGAUAAGUAGAUUCUCACAGUGCGACUAUACUAGACCCGGGAUACUUGAAAGACGUUAUGCAAUCAAAACAUUUUUUUGAAAACAAAGACUUCUAAAGUAUUUGAAGGGAACGAAUAACAUUGUGAAAGUUAGUUGUAGCGAAGAAAUUUUGCCUUAUAAGAUAGUGCGCCAGCUUGCUCUAUACAAGUCUUAUUGAGUCGCUAUGAACAAAAAGUCUUUAUUUUCGCACGCCCGUGCGUAAAUAAGAUGACGUGUUCAGUUGUGUCUAUGAAACUCGGAUUUUCGUCCCUUUUUCUCAACUAAGUCUCCAAUAAUUGAAGACAGUGAUGCAGAAGUUUUUAGCAUUUUUGGAAUUGAGCUUCUAGCUACCCAAACCAACAGCAAAAGUGGUGAAGGUGUUUCGCAAAUUAGAGCCUGAGUCGUUGGCCAGUGUGACCUAAGACCCCAAAUUGGUCUGUGUCGGGGAAUAUCCAAUUUGUAUAAAAGUGUCCUCGGUGUUUGACUUUUGUUUAUCAUUUUGAAAACAAGUUAUUUAUCAAGUAAUAGCAACAAACUAUGCACUUUUUUUAUAACCGAACAAUCCGAACAAUGUUGCAAUAGUUAGAGAAAUUACACGAAAAGAAAUAUAUUUAUUGCUUACAAAAACAACUGCAGCGAGCAUGCCAAUAUGCUUAGGUCAUCUUAAGGUGGCUGAACACAGUUUUGGCAGUUUGUGAGUAUAUGUCAUUUGCCAAAUCAUGGCAAGAGAAGGGUUGCAGCUCACAAGCUGAAACUUGGCAAGUGAAAAAUACACUGAUGAAAGAUUUUGAUUGACAGGUAAAAGUUGACAUUUUCGUAGUUUCCAUGGCAACAUAAACGAUUGAAUACAACCUUAAAAUUUCACUUUUGCUCAGUUUACAAAAAACUCACUCAUUAGAUUUUCCUAUAAACUUACAUAUAGUUAACUAUAAUUAAUCAUUACCAUUUGAAACUUACUUGACUAAAUUUUAACAGAGGGGUUUUUAGAUAAUCAGUAAUAUAAUUGUACUGUAAUUAUUAAAUGUGUCACAAAAAUCGUCUGUUCAACUUCUAUUUUAAAGUUCUCAUUAUCUAAAAUACAGAAAAAGUAAAAAUUCCUCCAAAUAUCACAAAAUUUUAAUGAGUAGAUUUUGAGAAAUCGUCUUCUGUUUAACAUUGCUUUUUCGCCGCCAUGUUUGUUUGUCUAAGUUAAAACAAUCGCCGUCAUGCGAAUUACCGCUGACCGCUCGCAAAACUGUGUUCAGCCACCUUAACUUGUGAAAGGAAUGAAACUGAGACCAACUACGACGACAAAGGCAGUGAAAACAUCACUUGCGUUCAUUUUCUCUUCAUCGCGUUUAUUUAGCCUCGCUCGGCUUGUGAAAUUUCCUGGAGUUAAAUACUACAGGACGGUUUCCAGGAAGAGGAAGAAGAAUUCGUCGUGGUGCGUUCACGUCCUAUCAAUCCUAUCAAUUUAGUUUACCGGUGAGAUAGAGGAGAAUGGUAAAAUACCUUUUGUAGACUGCUUGGUCACUCCCGAGAAACAACGGUCUACCAACGACAAUUCACAGAAAACCGACACAUACCGACAGAUUACUAGACCAGUCAUCGUACAACACGACCUCUCACAAGGCUUCAAGUAUACGGACUUUGACGAAACGAGCGCAGCUAGUUGUCGACUCGCCUGACAGCUUACAAGACGAGACUGACUGCCUAAACAACGUUUUUUAGUAAAACAACUUCAACACGGACUUCGUUAGACGGAACACUCACAGUAACACUGAUUCCAACACUCAGACCAACGUCAACUCUGGCCCUGUUAGGACAGCGACUAUACCGUACAUCAGAGGCACCUCUGAAACCAGCGCACAUAUACUACUACUUUACACUGGUAAUAGUUGACACUUCAGCUGCCCCCGCUCUGUAUAUUGUCGAUCAAUAGUAUUCUUGCUUGUUGUGUAGCUCUUUGAAAUAUACCGAUUCAUAAUGAAGAUUUUCACACAUAUUCCAUACAAUAGGUGAGAUAAAUACAGGAAAAGCAAGGUUCCAUACACAGUUUCAGUUCGAUUUACACAGCUUUGAUCGAAACAUUCUCAGUUUCGAGAAUAGUUUAUUCUAAACCAUAAGAAAAGAUUUAAUUAGAAGUUGAAUUUUUCGCUAUUUCACUUUCACUUUUUACAUUCAGUUCAUUUUAUUUGCCGGAAAGUAAUCCUUAGAAAUUAAAAGGACGUUUGAUCAAUUCACGCUCGCGCAUUCUAGUCUUAUUUUAAACUUUAUAGCGGAAGGACAUCUGUGCGCAGGGAAUAAAUCAGCACAGAAUUUGAUUGUCGGCGAAUUUCUGUAAUCGUCCAUCGUUUUUCUAGUGAUAAGCUGGCUGUUGCUCACUCGUCUUGCUUGUUUGGGGCUGAGUGUUAUUCAGGUCAAAGUGAGAGAAAGAGUGUCUGGCAAGGUUUCCAAUCAAAGAUUUGUGAACUCGUGUCUGGCAACCUCUCAAGUGUUUUAUUAUACACAGUUAUACGCACGUUAAAACUUCAUUUGCGCUUAACGAGUGUCUUUUGGUCCAUAACUUUCAAAACAACUGCUCCACAGAAUGUCACUGAUAACACGAAACGAAGCCUGACUGCACAACAAAUGUCACAAAAUCUACCUAUUGUAAGUGGUCCCUUAGGGAUUUUCUGCCUUUACGUCAUCCUAAUGCACCUAUCAAUGUAAACUCCGUGAGGGGGGAGUGCGGGCAAGGGGUGGGGAUUUGACAAAUUUUGAAAUUUUUUGAUCAAAUUCCCCAGGGUGGGAAACGAAAGGUUGAUCAAAAGUGUCAAAAAAGCCCCCACCCCAGGGGAAAAAAUCUAAACAAACAAUACUAUAACACUAUAUAAACCAAAUUAAAAGAAUAUUUCAAAAGCACGUUCUUACUACUUUUAUUUAUGGUUAACGUAAGUACGUUAAAUUACUCGCUGUAAUUAAGUAUUUUCUCUCUCCACUAGCAUCUCCUAUUUUGAACAACAAAAUCACUCCAGGAAGAUUGACGGUGCUAUUAUAAUAUUAAUGAAACGUAAAAUACUUUAUAACAUCUGCUCAACAUGUCGGAACAGGUCGGAUCAGUGACCCGUAAAAAAUCCUCUGACUUUCAUGGUGGAAUUCGAUUUCAAUCGAGUUUUACAAUCACAUGGGAACUUGAAGAUAAAACCUUUCUCAAAAUAGACAUUAUUAACUUCAUACCUUUAUCCAACAGCGUGACUUUCAGAAAGCCUCGAGGGACGGACUUGGUAACCGCUUCUGAAUUGAUACCAGGCUUCUGUCGGUCAAAGUCAAAUGUCCCGACCCCGGGGACGCUUCGCACGAUCAAAAGCCCGACAUGGGGAUAGUCUCAGGCAUCAAAUCCCCGACCCUUACCCGCACUCCCCCCUCACGGGAUUUACAUUGAUAGGUGCAUAACCAUUUCGUACUUGCGGGCGCAAACAGUAGAAACGUCAUCAUUACCUACCGAUUCCUCGCGGCCCAAGCAUGUCGAGAUUUUUUCUGGCAUACCGACUGUAUACUUCAACAGUAAGUACUUUCCUUAAUAUACGCUCGAGUUACUACAGUGCCUCCUCGGGAUUUCGCCUUCUGGGCGAAAUCCUUGCGGGUGCAAAUAUACGUGUUGCACACAAACCGAUAACCACUUUACGACGACUACUUACUAAUGUAAGUAGACAUGUAUUACGUAUCCUAUAGACUACUAUCAACGACUCACUUUAGAAAGCUGGUUUACUAACUUCGAACAAACGCCACGGAAUCGUAGCCAACAGUUUACCCGCACCGUACGAACGAUUUAUUGACGGAAUCAAGUAAAACUAACUACGAGAGAACGACUGGACAACUGACAUGCAAUUUGGCUAACAAUAAACGACUUUUUUUAAACAGUGACAAUAGACGGAUCGAAACGCACCAAUGACAUUACGAGUCUUCAUAGCCAAUAACAUCACGGCUUAACUGACAGACGACCAAUAACAUCGCGACUUAAUUGACCACUUAGGUCGAAAAACGGAGUUUAAAAACAUAAACGGACGUGAUACAACUCACUUUGACUCUGAAGAUGACUACCGCACAACAGGUUGUCGAAACGUCAGUCACUGUCAACAACAACAGUAAAUGUGUGUAAAUGUAAAUGUCAUAUUAUCCACUCCCCUCAGGGCUUUUCAGGGAUAAUUUAGAACUCUGGUUGGGGGACUUUGCCAGACUGCUUAACGUGCAUUUUACAAGUAAUGAAGGAAUAAGUAAUGAUACCCCCAUACAUGAGUGUGAAAGUGAGAUAGACCACUACACCGGGCACUACGUGCCCUACUCUUUACGAAGAAAGUGUGGGUUCUCUAAUGUCCCACAGAUUUAUUAGACGUACAAGGGCUUGUGAGACGGGGCCUACGGUUUAUCGUCCUUAUCCGAGAGGACUAGAAAGUCAAACCGUUUGCAGUUGUUAUUACAAAGGCAGCACUUUCUCCUCAUUUAUUUAAAGACUCUAGGUGUUGGUCCGGCAGGGGUUUGAACCUAGGGCCUCCCGCUCAGCAGACCGGCGCUUAUCCCAUUGAGGUAACUGGGCGGCGGCUAGUGAUGAAAGCUGCACAGUCCUAUUCAGGUCUACGUUCACCCAGACGAUCAAACUCAACCUCCUUUUGGAACCUUUAAAAAUAGCCAAGUAAUUUCUGGUACCUUGAAACAGUCUGUAUCUUUAUAACAAUAGAAAGUGAUGAAAGCUCUACAACUUUGCAAUGAGGCAUGGCUGGAAUAUUAGUUGUAGUAUUUGAUAUACGGUUUCGCACUUAAAGCAUAAAUGCUUAGUAAAGAUCUUUAGGUGUGUUAGCUUGUCCUAGCAUUUUUCAGUGAUUCAAUCAAAAUGAAUUGUGUGAGGGCUUUGCAAACCUCGCUGUCCGCUACACAGUAAUAUGUAAACCAUUAUAUGCAAAGUGCGAAACCACUCUUAUUUGUAUGAAUGCUUCUUCAGGGGUUACAGUUAAUGCUCAAGGCAAUGGCAGAGAUGACGGUAACAAUAAUAGUGAUGGAAUAAGUCAAGGUGGAGCAAUGGCAGGAAGUCUAACAACCGCUUCCGUAGAGGGACAAGAUUCGCAAAACACACAGAUUAAAAGGAGAAAAUCGGAUACACCACCUGACAGUCCUGCUAGUAAGUCAGUUAUUUGUAAACCGAUAAUAUGCGGAGUGGCAUUUCGAUGGCAUUUCUUAAUUUUGGUUCAAGUAGUUAAAGUUAACUAGUUUACGCAACAUAUUUGAAAUUUAACGUUACAUUAAUGUCAAACACUGUCAAUCCAGUUUUAUUCAAUUUUUAACAAACCCUUUGACGACUUGUUAUGCCAAAAGUAAGCCCAUCCCACCACUCAUGUAUAAACCAAGACGCCAUAUUGACGUUGACCAGGCUGCCUUAUACUAAAGGAUGGUUAGACAAAGAGAUUCUCACAAUGCGACUAUACUAGACCCGGGAUACUUGAAAGACGUUAUGCAAUCAAAAUAUUUUUUGAAAACAAAGACUUCUAAAGUAUUUGAAGGGGACGAAUGACAUUGUGAAAGUUAGUUGUGGCGAAGAAAUUUUGCAUUAUAAGAUAGCGCGCCUGCUUGCUCUACACAAGUACUAUUGAGUCGCUAUGAACAAAAAGUCUUUAUUUUCGCACGCCCGUGCGUAAAUAAGAUGACGUGUUCAGUUGUGUCUAUGAAACUCGGAGUUUCGUCUCCUUUUCUCAACUAAGUCUCCAAUAAUUGCAGACAGUGAUACAGACGUUUCUAGCAUUUUUGGAAUUGAGCUUCUAGCCACCGAAACCAAAAGCAACAAUAAAUUUAUUGCUUAGAAAAACAACUUCAGCCAGCAGGCCAAUUUGCUAAGGUCAUCUUAACCCGUGAAAGGAAUGAAACAUAGAAUGUAGAUGAUGAAGAUUAUUAGUCGAUUUAAAUGUUCUUAAAACAUAGCCAGUCUUAACGUCUUAUUGAUGCUGACAGUCUCGAUGACUGUCAGCAUCAAUAAAACGUUAAGACUGGCUAUGUUUUAAGAACAUUUAAAUCGACUGUUUAACUUCACUAGCCUGAUGAAUUUCUUCAAGAAGAAGAAGAUUAUUAUUUCACAUGGAUGUAACCAGUGACCAUUAUGGACCUGACAGAGUAAAUUGAGGUUUAACAGUAUACGGGAAAAUACUAAAACUUUAUCUCCAACUGUAACAAUAAAAUUGUUUUUCACCGAAAUGCCACAACUAUGCAAUACCCCAAGCAAAGUGAAGUUUCUUUGAGGGCGUGGUCGAUUGUUACCUGACGGCUUAAUAGUUAACAAUUAUUCUUUGAAAUCGAAGUGAAUAGUGGCUAAAUAUUUACCGAGCCACGAAGUGGCGAGGUAAAUAUUCCUAAAGCCACUAUUCACCGAGAUUGAAAAGAAUAAUUGUUUUCGUAUAUACACACGAAGUAAUCUCAGCAAAAUCAGAGAGGAAACCAUUAAAAAGUACGAUUUGAUUGACAGAUCAGGUCAGCUAGACACGCGAAAGUUUAGAAAUAGAUCUUUGUAGAAUUUUCAAACAUGGCAAUUCACAUGCUUAUCACUUCGCAAAAAACAGCGUAAUGACUUAAAUGGAACCGUUAACAGUUUGAAUUGUUUCCUUACCUGAGAAGAAAAGAAGAGCUUUGUUGUUUUCUGUUGACUCGCCAAGUUUAUAGCCGAAAAGGUUUGUUAUGUCGUUCGUCGCAUGAGGUGCUAACAAAAAUGGCGAUUCGGUUCCUCGAGGUAAGCGUCGUCUUCAUGUAGCAUUCUUUCUCAUAUUUAGAAUUUCUGCAAACAUUUGCUUUCAAAUUUGUUUGUCAUAAAUAAACUUCGUUUUUGGGCCAAAUUUUUCAUGUUAGGAAACGCUGAGUUAACGAAACGGCCUCUUUUACGCAAAUAAACGGGAGUUGUAAACAAUCCAUCGACCACAAAACUCAGCUACAGUAAAUGGAAAAACGCCGUUUUGAAUUUUUCGAAGUCUUUUCUUGCCUGAAAAAAAGUCAACCCUAGGACUUUGUCGACUUUUAAAAGAUCGUUCUAUAAAGAUAUGGGAAAAAACCGAGCCCACACAUUAUCCACUCGCUAGGAGGUGAAUAUUGUUCAAUAAUCCGAGAUAGCGAACCAAUCAGAUUGCUUAAAUCACCAAAAUCACUGAGUGUGUAUAUACUAAUUAGUAAUUAUUGAUUGAGGCUGAGUAGGAAAUGAAGAAUUAUUAUAUGGCUGAGUCUGUUUUCGCCAUGCGAUUGGUCAAUUUGCGGUCCGUAACUUGCUAUACGGACCAAAAUUUCAAAGGAAAUGCUCAUUCCGGAGCUCUAAAUCUCUUUACCACGGAAAAACGGUUGAAAUUAAUAUCAACCUUGAGGACUUAGAUUUUGACUUUGUCUUUCACCAUUUUAAUUUGUGAACGAAGGCGAUGAAGAAACUAACUCGUAAUCUUAUCGAAGAGGAUUCUAGUAAGUGUUUGAAAAUUUUAUCGUAUUACACAGUUAAGAAGACGAAAAUCGACUGGCAGAGAUUCGAGAUGUUUUGCCUAAGAGAAAAUGAGUAAUUCCUACGACAAAUAUGAUAACAAACGUACCUGCACCCGAUCAUCUUGACGAGCUUCUUUGUCAUUUGCAGUGUUUUUCCAAAGACCAACGAAAGAAAGAUAGAAGCGACUCCGAGCCAGACACAAUGUCCAGUUUUCAAGACUUCAGCGUCACAUUGGCGAGUGAAUACUUACAGUGCUCUUAGUUUUGACCGAAUAUACUUAAAAAUAUGUCGGUAAAUAUAAACCCUGAGGACUGGGAUGUUGGCUUUGCCUUUGCAGAUUUUAACCUAGCUUUGUUUGAAUGAGAACGAAGCUGAUGUAGAAACUGAAUCGUAACCAAGAAAAUAUGGUCCUUGUUUGAAAAUUUUAACGUAGAUCACGCUUGAAGACGUGAAUGAACUGGCAGAAAUUCGAGAGGUUUUCCCGAAAAAAUUAACGAGCGAAUCCUUCGAUAAUGACAACAAACUUACCUUGAAGAGCGUCUUUGCCUUUAGCAGUGUUUUUUUUUUUACAAGGACCAACGGAGGAAAGAUGGAAACGACUUCGAGAAAGCCAGUUCCCGGUUUCCAAAAUACUCCAGCGUUACAUGUAAGAGCUAAAACUUACAGUGCUCUUAGUUUUGACCAAAUAAACAUUUUCAACAUGGCGAAUUUGUUUUCACUUUCUCGGAAACCCUUUAUUGUGUGCUAUUGUUUUCGUGAGCCAAUAAAAACGUUCUUUCUUGACGCCUGUCAAAUGAUUGUCAAAUCGCGCGUCCUGCACUUGUUUCCGGUCCCCCAAACUGGAAGAAGCCAUAUAAUAAACAUCUUAUUAGCCUCGUUUUUUCGGUCCGUACUGUAAAUUAUGGAUCCUCGUUUUUUCCAUCAAUUUAUGGUGCGCGUAAAUCGAUGGGAAAAGACUCGGUCCGUAAUUAACAGUACGGACCGAAAACUCGGCUAAUAAGAGGUAUUUAUGCAGAUGGAGGUGGAUAACACCCUCCGAGAUCUGCAUAAUUUUUCAUAUCGAUUCCUACGAAAGUCGAAUUCAAUAAUUGCUAUAUUAGUCAUUCAAAAUAAUUCCAAGUUUAAAAAUAAGCGAAAGCAUGCCUACCCUUACCUUACCGAUGUUAAGUUCAUAUCGAUAGUGCAUCUUUAUCGGGAAGUUUAGGAUAUAAAGGGCUUUUCCGGUCUGCAAAUAUACUCUUAAUAGCAGAUGUCGUCCGUCUAGUUGUCUUCUUGCAGUUCCUGCUAUGUUUUAAGACAACAGUUCGCCGUGAAACGAGUAAAAUGUUCCGCCAUUACUUACUUCGAAAACAACUCAAACUCGCCCCCAGAUCUCCUCCGUUAAAGGUUCAAUAAUCUCUAACUUUACUGCUUUUUGGACGUCAUCGGUUCAAUAUGGUAGAAUUCUUCAAAAUUUGGUCAACAGUAGUUGGUUAUGAUGAAUUAUGCAUGCGAUUUUGGCCAGUCAGAAACGGAAAAAUAUUUUGAAUAAAUAAUAAUUAUUAUUCAGUUUAAAAUCUGUGAGAAAUUAUCUUAACCAUCUUUACAAUGCAUGUAUCACAAUUUAAAGGCAUUUCAGGUUAAAUUUAACUUAAAAUCAGUGAAAGGAAAGAAAACUCCUUAUUUGGACAAUGACGUCGUAAUGAAUGCCCAAAAACAUUAUCUUAACACAAGAAUUGAGCUUGGCAACAAUGAUUUUCGAGAUCAGCGUAUUUUAGUUAGUAAGAAUAGCUAUGUUGCCAAAAUCAGGCAAAAAUGCCCGGGGGUGUCACAUUCUAUGGAAGAAAUUUGUGCCAUGACCAAUUUGAUACCCUCAGAAUCGCCUCCUGACCUACUUAAAAAUUAACGUUCUUACUGAGAGUCUUCUAACCUCGCUUAACAAUGUGUAACUCAAAAUAUUUUCAUUGCUAAUUUUCCUGAGAAAGGAAAAACUCAUUUUCUUGAAGACUUUAUAGUAAUUUUCAACAGAUUGGCUAUACUAAAGCUAAUUACGAGUGAAGAACUGAACUAAAUUUUGCUUAAGCAUAAUCUUUACACUUGCCUGUUAGAUGAAUUCUUGCUCUGUGAAAUGGAACACAUUAGGUGCGGUUACACACACCAAACGUGGGGUUAGUUUACCUUAGUAACCGACAUGUAGUUACACGUGAAUUAAAUCGCAAGGUAAUUUAGUGGCUUUUAAUUUUACGGCUUCAUUCCCACUGUUGCGGUAUUAAUUGCCGACGAUCAUGGCAGUAUUUCAAGUCGUUUUGAAAAUUUACGUGUUAUUUAGUUGACAUUUCAUUUAACGUGAAAUCUGCUAUGUCAACAUCGAUCUUUCUCCCAACGGCCCGAAUAAAAAAACCGUCGAAAAAGCAAUUUUUUCGGCUUCAUGAUGGUGUCAAAUGAAAAAACCUGAUUGGCUCUCUUGCCUUGACGAUUCGAAAAACCCUAGCUACAUAGGCUAUUCUUUUUAUCUUUUGAGUGAAAUGCGAGGGAAACUCAUUGAACUCAUACUUUUUGCAUUCUUUACAUUGAAACAACUUUAUACCCUAGCCAGAAUGGUUGAUGAGUAAUAGUGUUUUAGUCGAGUAAUUGUUUAGUUAGUCACUUUGUGGUGUGAUUAAGUCACCAACCUCAUAGUUGGCUGAGAUGUCACCUUACUUGCCAUUUUACCAAUUUAUUUGCAGAAACUCAAAGGAAUGGACUUCCAGGCAAAGAUCCGGGGAUAGAGAUUAGGUUGAGCAAUGAGGUAGUAGAAGCAUUUUUAUUAGCUGUAGUAAGAAUAGCUGUAGAAGUAAUAGCUGUAGUAGUAAUG